CCGUGGUGGCAUACCAUGUCGUCAUCUGCACUGAGGGCCACGGCGCAGAAGGCGGGUCCUGCUGCCCGGAAGCAGGCGCUCACCUUGACGGAGGCCGCGGCGGCUCGGGUGCGCCAGCUCCUCGACCUCAGGCAGCGGCCGUACCUGCGCCUUGGCGUCAAAGCGCGCGGCUGCAAUGGCCUGUCUUACACGCUCAAUUAUGCAGAAGAAAAAGGGAAGUUUGACGAGCUUGUGGAAGAGAAAGGAGUAAAAGUACUUAUCGACCCCAAGGCUCUGAUGCACGUGAUCGGCACUAAGAUGGAUUACAUCGAUGAUCCACUGAGGUCCGAGUUUGUGUUUAUAAACCCGAAUUCCAAAGGGGAGUGUGGGUGUGGUGAAUCGUUCAUGACUACAGGAAACAAGGGGUCCACUUCGUGAUGUUCUUUACUGAUGUUGGUGGAGGGCUCCAGCCAAUCAUUUUUUGCUAAGUAGAUGGUCCUCGUAAAGCAUGUCGUGUUGCACCAUAGCAACUGAUGAAAUCAUGUAAUGGAUGCAACUAAGUUAACCUUACGUUUCCAUCUUCCCUUAAGCCUGUUGUUACCUGGACUCGUUCAUGUUUGGGAAUAUAUCAGGUGCAAAAGCCCAAAAAGGGGGCAGGAUGAUCAUA